AUGCAAAUCAAUUUAUUACAUUACUACAUUCCAAAAAAAAGCGGAAGUUGCUCUUUUUCAUUAAUUUAUUAUGCAUUUAUAUCGCCCAAAACAAUAAGAAAACUCAUCUGGGUAAUUACAGAAUUUUAUUGAUCUCUUUUUCGAUAUACAACAUUUUAAAUUCUGUUAUCGAUUUAUUAAUUCCAGUGGUAAGCAAGUUAAAUUUAAAAGAAGGACAAACUGAUUUAAAAAAUUGAAAAACAAACAUUUCAGUCUACUUUGAAUUACAAAUAUACAUUCUCAUACUUUAUAACGGAUGGAAUUUUCGAAAAGGUAUUGAAAUACACCAAAUCAUAAAAUCUCGCACUUUUCAGAAAUCACAUUCUGGAACAAUCGCUCUAUGUUUGAGAGGAAGUUUUAUAUUUGCUACAUAUCCAAUUUUACAUGCACAUUUUUUUAUCGAUACAUGGUGCUUUUUGGGUACUUCGCAUUCCGUAACUUUCCGGCCAUUUCAUUUUUUCAGACGAUCCAACCUUUCAUCCUACUUUAUUCCCUAUGGUCUCAUUUUUACAGUUUUUUAUUGCUUCGGAGUCAUUGGUGUCACAUUCACGGUAGUUCAGACAUUCCGAAAAUCAUUUUAAAUUGACUUUUUAGGUUACCUACCUCUGGAUGGUAGCUGAUACUGAGCGACUAACCUACAUGCACAAUAUUUUUCGAGAAGAAUUGAAUCAAAAUGUUGAUGAGUUGAAUAUUAGUAUUGUACUUUACAAUGUAAGUGCCUUACAGUCUUCACGCCUUAUCAUCACCUAUUGCUUUUCAGACAUCACGUGCAGCUUUUCUAUGGAAAUCUUGGUUUGCAGUACUAGUAUUAUCAUUAAUAUCCGUAGAUUCUCUUGUGAUAAAUUCAAUUUUCAGUAUUAACCACAAAACUAAAAAAUGGAAAUUUGUCAAUGAGUACCACUACUAAACGUCUUCAGAAACAAUUGAUGAAAGCUCUAAUCACUCAAUCAACUAUUCCAAUUCUCGUAUGCUUCACACCAUGUCUAGUUUGUUGGUAUCUUUCAGUUUUUGGCGUUGAUCUAUUCUAUGGAAUUCAAUGGAUUUUUGCUGUAUUUUUAUCAUUUUUCCCAGUUUUAGACCCACUCUCGUUAUUUUUCUUUUUGCCAAUAUUCGGUGUCAGGUUUCGAGAGAUUUUUCGUCUCAAACAGAAGAGUGGGACCGUGCACGAAGAAUCCAAAAAAACAAACAGCGUGUAUGCUAUUAAAUUCAACAAUUAG